CUUCUCUUAUCGCUGUGGUUCUACCAGGCUCCGCCACUCCUCUCCCCCGACCUUUGCCCCAAGCUCCAGGCUAUUUUGCUCUGGACCCUGGCACUUCCCGCUCACUCUCACUUGCAUCUGCCUUUCCUGAAGCCACUGCCAUGUGUACCGGACAAUGUGCUCGCUGCCUGGGGCUCUCCCUCAUCCCUCUCUCCCUGAUCUGCAUCAUAGCCAAUGCCCUCCUGCUGGUACCUAAUGGAGAGACCACCUGGACCGACAACCUCAGCUUGCAAGUCUGGCUCAUGGGUGGCUUCAUUGGAGGAGGCCUGAUGGUGCUGUGUCCAGGAAUCGCGGCGGUCCGCGCAGGGGGGAAGGGCUGCUGUGGUGCAGGUUGCUGUGGGAACCGCUGCAGGAUGUUUCGCUCCGUGUUCUCCUCUGCCUUUGGGAUACUUGGUGCCCUCUACUGCCUCUCGGUGUCGGGAGCGGGACUUCGAAUCGGACCCAAAUGCUUAGUAAACGAAGUGUGGGACUACCACUUCCUAGAAACCCAAGGCUCUUACUUGCGCAAUGACACUCUAUGGGAUCUAUGUGAGAAGCCGCCUAAGGUGGUGCCCUGGAACGUGACACUCUUCUCUCUGCUGGUGGUCGCCUCAAGUCUGGAAGUAGUGCUGUGUGGAAUACAGCUGGUGAACGCGACCUUGGGCGUAUUCUGUGGCGACUGCCGGAAGAAGGGCACAGCUCAGUGAGUUCCGUGGGCUCCCGCGAAUACCUCAUUUCUGGAAGUCUUAGUGGACUACCCACCCACCGCUUACCUGGAAUAAACUACUUUUAUGGCUCAGUUUCCUCCUUUGUGGUAUAAGCUGGCCUGAGCACCCUUUCCCAAGUCUGCUUUAGCGUUGGAAGGAGGGCCUGCAGAUGUAGCUAGACCAGUGGUUCUGUUUGUACCCGACUCCCUGCUUCUUAUUUUCUUAACUAAUCCCAAUUCUGCUUUAGCGUUGGAAGGAGGGCCUGCAGAUGUAGCUAGACCAGUGGUUCUGUUUGUACCCGACUCCCUGCUUCUUAUUUUCUUAACUAAUCCCAAUUCUGCUUUAGCGUUGGAAGGAGGGCCUGCAGAUGUAGCUAGACCAGUGGUUCUGUUUGUACCCGACUCCCUGCUUCUUAUUUUCUUAACUAAUAGUUAUUGUUCUGGAAAUAAAAUACUGUGCUCUCAAGGUGCCAGUGAUGAAAGAUAA